AUGAAGAACGUUUUCGCUGCGGCUGCAUUGCCUGUUCUGGCAUCCGCAGCUUGUAUCUCCUCGGGAGACCAAAACACAAUCAACAACGCCUUCCAAUCUGGAGGACAGAAUGCCGUUGUUCAGCUCUGCCCCAAUGCGUUGAUCCAGAUCACCGAUAUCGUCAAGUUCACCGCCGAUGGCCAGGAACUCUCUACGCAGGGCUACCCUACCGACAGCUCCAGAGCCACCAUCCAGGUCGCCGUCGGCAGUGGUGCCAGCACGCUGAUUUCUGCCAGAGAUCUCAACAACAUUCGCCUCAAGAAUAUCCAGUUGGAGGGUAACCGACAAAACGCUGGCUUCCUCUCAGGCGGCGAUGCCAACAUCAUCAUUGGUGGUGUCACUUCAGGCGGCCAGGUCAUCUCGAACGUAGCAUCGCGAAACCCUCGCAGCUGGAGUUGUCUCCAUGUUAUUGGCUCUGGACAGGAUAACAACCCUUGCAGAAAUGUUACCCUUACCAACAAUGACAUUGGCCCUUGCGGUCAAUCUGGUACUGAUCCCGCUAGUGGUGACGGCCUGUGGGCUGAUGGCAUCUCUCUGGACUGCACUGCCUCUUUAGUACAGGGAAACACUAUUACUGGUAGCACAGAUGGUGGCAUUGUCCUCUUUGGCUCUCCCGGCAGCACCGUCACCGGCAACACUAUCAAGUCAUCUUCACAGUACCUAGGAUUUGGUGCUAUCAACCUUGUCGAUGAUGAAUACAAUGGUAGCUACGCUGGUGUUACUGUUACCAACAACAACAUCGAAGGCGAUAAACUGUUCAACAUCGGUAUUGGCGUUGGCGCCAAUGUUUGGUCUUUCAACGACCCCUCAGCACUGUCUGGACCAGUCACCAUCACUGGCAACACCAUCAGCGGACAUGUCAGCUUUCCCAUUGCCGUCAACGGAUGGUCCAAUGGUAUCACGGUCACCGGAAACACUGUGUCGGGCGUGACAUCUCCCAAAUCUAGCUUUGCUGAUGCCUCUCAAUGCAGCCAAGCUAUUCAAAGCGUGUUCAACUCCAACGCAAACCUCAUCUACUACCCUGCUGGAAUUUCUGGAUCUCAGAACCUCCAGUCUGGCUUCGUUGCCACUCCUGGUAACGCGACCAACUUCUUGUGCUCGAGCUUGCCGCUGCCAAACUCAGUCACUUUCCAGCCCGGACAGCUGACUGUUGUUUCUGACUCCGGCCCAUUCGCUACGCUUCACAACGUCAUUGCUCAAUACCAGGGCGACAACAACUUGGUGGUUCUUCAGCAAGGUAGCCCUGUUUGGGCUUCGGGCCACACUUUGCCUAAUGGUGGAAACUGCGGUAGCCCUUCCGGAUGCCAGCUGAAGUUUGGCUCCGACGGUAACUUUGCAUCUUUCUUCAACGGCGUCCAGCAGUGGAGCACCAACACUUCAGGCUCUGGAAAAUCCCUUGUUGUCCUUAACCAGGCCCCUUGGAUCCAGGUCAAGGACGGCUCUGGCAACGUUAUUUGGGAUACUACCAAGAACCAAUAG